AUGGAUCCUUCAACAUAUGAAUCUGCAAUUGCUGCCACAGGCAUGCCCCAACCAUCUUCUCAAUUGCAUUCUAGUGGGCACUCUUCCUCUGCGCUCUCGAACCAAUUGAUGCUUUUGCAAAAUUUUUGGCAAUCUCAGCUGCAGGCAAUCGAACAUGGCGAGCUGGACUUUAAGAAUUUCCAGCUCCCACUUGCACGCAUAAAAAAAGUUAUGAAGACAGACGAAGAUGUCAAGCGAAGCGAUGUCUCUGCUGCAAUCCAAAAAACAGAUACAUUUGAUUUUCUCAUUGACAUCGUGCCAAGGGAAGACUCCAGAUCGAUGGCGAAAAAACUAGAGAACGAUUACAGAGGCUCUCUGCUCGGCGAUCCAUCGUAUUAUCUUCCGUCUCAAUUGACCAUGCAACAACAGCUCCAAAUGCAAAAUACAUAUGCAAACAGCGGAGUCUCCAUGCCCGGAGCAUCGGCUCCAUCUGGCGCAUCUAUCGAUAGGAUUAUGUAUUAUCAGCAACAAGCACAAGCACAAGCACAAGCGCAGCAGCAACAACAGCUUCAACAACAGAUGCAAAUGAUGCACCAUAGGCAUCAGCUUUCUCAUCCUCAGGCAGGCAGCCCGUCAUCCGUGCCAGAGGGGAUGAUUUCUACAGACUAUGGCACUUCGGCCACCAGAGCAAGUCACGGGGCUGUUACUGGCAGUGUCUUUGGGGCUUUUGCCCAACAUAGCCAGGGCAUUGACAUGUACACUUUGCAUCACGCAAUCGCGAUAGAGCUACCGAUUUGCGUAAUUUAG